AUGUCGAGUGCCAAUCAUAGACGGAACUUCUCUGCUAGUCAUGGUACCAGUCCAUGCGGUGAUCGUAUCAGCAAGAACCGCUAUAGACAUUCUCGUGGACUGGGCAAACAUGAUUCUAGUAUAAUGAAUCUCCGCGAUCGCCUACAGCUUGUCAGACAUUCUUCGCUCAAUGUGUCUACUGAGCCCUCCAAUUAUGCGGUUCCCUCGGGCGCAGACGAAUUCCAUGAGUGUCGAUCUCCCACAUCAGCAGAGAACGAGGUUGUGCUCAAUCUCCAUGUCAUGGAGAGCGAAAUGGGCCUACGACCAGCCGGGCAUGCCAGAAGACUGUCUCAGUCUAGUUCUAGCCACACAUCCACUCAUGGGACUCCGCUUGAAGAUCUUUCAGAAGAAACGGACAACUCUCCCCUCACAGUGGACGACAACGGUCAAUUAAGGUACUUCGGCUACUCUUCAUACAUGAGAAUGGUAUCUGUUCUUCCUCAAGCAAACGCAAAGUCACUCCAGAGUCAAAGGGCCCCACUUUCGCCGGGUGAUAAUUCUAUCGACAUCGACGGAGAGACAAUGGCCGAUAGUCCCCAAGCUCAAGCUCACUUGAUCGAGUUGUUCUUCAAAUACCAAAAUGCUGCAAUACCAAUUCUCGAUGAAGAGACUUUUCGACAAGGGUACGCUUUAGGGGAACGGUCAGAUUACUUCUCACGAUUCCUUCUAUAUUCGCUGCUUCUGAGGUCAUUGAAUUUCGAUGAUGAUCUAGUCCACCGGGAAACACUGGCAACCAUAUACACCCGCCGGGCGAAGGCUGAACUACUAUUUGAGAUGGAAAAUCCUACUCUUUCCACAAUACCCGGCUUGUGUCUGUUUGGUUACUAUUUGGCAGGGCUAGGAAGUGACAGAGCUUGCUGGCUUUAUCCGGGCAUAGCGUACCGUCUAGUCUUCGAUUUCGGCUUACACGAAGACUGCAAAAACUUGGUAGCGGCUGGUCGGCUCACUGAGGUUGAUCAACGAGUGCGACAGACGACACUUUACGGAUGUUACGUUCUUGACAAGCAAGUUUUCUCAUCUGCUAUCUCGUUCCAGGGUCGACCGACCGCUAUUCGUCUGGAUGACCUGAAUAUGACCCAACUCUCUACGCAGACUUUGGGUACAAGCAAACAACUUGUGGCUACGUGGGUUGAGCUAGCAUCUCUAUUAAAUGAGGUACUAUCCGUCAUCAACGGUCCCCCUGAGCGAAUAUAUCAAGAUUCCUCUGUCAGCAGACUUUCUGAAGUUAGCCGAAAGUUGCUCGCCUGGUUCUUAAAUCUUCCCCCAGAACUGCAAUUGGAUGCAAAUCUUUCCAUAUCACCGAGCAUCUGCGCUCUUCACCUCCAAUUUCUAUCUACAACGAUCCUCCUCAACCGCCCAUUCGCAACUUAUAUAUUCAACCACGGCCCCAAAUUGGCACCCCAGCGCCGAUGCCUAGAAGGGCAGACAACCAAGAUUUCACAGCAAAUCUGCACAGCGAAUGCGAUCAGGGUGUCAAAAUUACUCCUGGCAUAUAGGCAACACCAUGGUGCUUCCAAAAUCUUCUCCACUAUCAACCCUACCUGCCUCUCGGCUGCCGUGGCACUGAUAUCGGACAUUGUGAGUGCGGAGCUGGACGAGGAUAAAGAAGCAGAAAGAGAAUGGCUUUCCGCAAUCAUGGAGACAUUAGAUGCGAUUAUCCCCUGGUACCCGGUUGCGGAGCGAAGUCGGAACACAUUGGCCGCCAUUAUGAGCACUUGUGGACUGUCAGAUAUUGUCAAACAGCUUGCAGUAAAGUCUCGCAAUGUCCCAGCCGCAAUGCUGUCAAGUCAUGAUCCAACGGACGCAUCCGGUGCCGGCUUCAACACCGAUGGGGACUUUGCGUUUGACUUCGAGUUUCCGUUCAAUUCGGUAUAUGAUAUUCACAAUAUCAGUCUCACGGGUUUCUACGCGCAACCCUCGCAGAUGGGUUUCGGGAACUGGGAGACUGAAGAUCCACUCUAUGGACUUAAUCUAUAA